AGUUAAAAAUGGUGAAAGCACAGGAGAAGAAUUCACUUUUUGAACUUAACGUGCAGACUCUCGUUUCAUCAUCAAAAUGGCUUCAGCUACAUGGACUCAAGAGAAACAGGUUGACCCUGUCUCAGAUCUUGUCACAGAUUGGAUUUAAACAUAGAGAAGAAUUUGAUUAUGGAUUGCAGAAGCCCGUGUCAUCAUGUUAUGGUGAAGGCUUGUUCCAGCAAUAUGUGAGAAAAGAUGGUAGGAUUUACAAUCUAACAGCCAGUAAGGAACAGCUUCAGCAGUUUGCUGUCGCUCUCACUCUGGCAAUACGAUGCUUCCAACGACGAUUGGAGUGGCUGACCAGUGGGAGUAAACAGUUUUUUGGUGUAAUACAGGAACAUUGCAUAGUCAUCGUCUUAGACUUUGCCCCCAUGCCUCAGAGGCUGUUUCAGCUUUCUCUCGAUGCCCUUUGCAUGGUUCUCCAGGAACAGGCAGCACUGAUUGGGAAAAUUAAUCUUAUCAGGGCAGCUGAUGAAAUGGUUGUAUGGCAGGAGAAAGCUGUACCUGUUACUGCACAGACAAUAGGCUCAGCAAUUGAUUGGAUAAGGAAUCUUCACCAAAUGCCAACUACUAGCAAGACAAGUUCGGUGGAGGCUGUGUUACAAGCGACAAGCGAUAAUACUAUUGAUGCAGUUUACUUUUUCACUGCUGGUGAUGGUCCUGAGGCGAUGAGAGAGCUUUUGCGACGGAAGUUGGCUACAAGCUCAUGCCCAGUCCACACUGUAUCAUUCAAUGCCAAGGAGGAAGGCACAAUUCAGUUCCUGAAAGAUUUGGCUCAUUUAACUGCAGGAAGAUUUCAUGCAUUUGCACCAAUCAGUGAAUGUGACGAAGAUGAAACUGUUUCCACCAAUGACAUGAAAGACAGAGAUACCGAGGCCCCAAAGACCCCAAGGAAACUGAUUGGAGGUUUGUCACCAGGGGCUGGAGUCAGAGAAGAUGUGUUCCUUAUCUGGAACGAAAUAGAGGAGGCUAAGAGCACAUUGGCAGAAGUUCACACCCUCUUAAUGGAAGCCCCUCAGUCUGUGUUUAAUGCAGUCUCUGAUUAUCAGCCAGUGACACAGACAAACUCAGAGGACUGCAUAACUUCAAAGAAAUGGCUUGAAAAGUAUGGAUUGAAGGUGCGGAGAUUAUCUUUCUACGAUGCCCUUGCGGAUUGUGCUUUUCGACAUUCUGAUGGUGUAGUGGAUAUAAAAGGGAAGCCUGUGAAUGAAAACCUGCAGACUGAUGCAGAAACUAGAGUGAAACUGGUGAACGCCAAAUACUGUGGCCGCUUUGCACACACUCGAUGGAAGAACGGCUCUGUAAUGCAUGUUUACAUAACUGCAGAGAAACGCAAACAGUACAAACAGAGAAUGAAGACUGCAUUGGACCAGAUCCAAAGGAGAAUUGACUGGCUUCAGCAGGGGAGUAGGGUGCUCUUUGGGACUAUAAUUGAGGAUCAGAUUUACAUCCUAAUUGACACCUCUCAAUCCAUGGAAGAUAAAAUGGAGAUGGUGCAAAGAAAGAUCUAUCAACUCAUGCAGGAACAACUUCGACACAAGACCAAAUUCAAUUUUGUAAAGUUUGGCUCCAGAGCUGAUCCGUGGCAGGAGAAGCUGGCAGAAGUAAAUGAAGAUAAUCUGGAAAAGGCAUGGUCUUGGGUUAAAGGCCUCCAGGUCGGGGGUUCCACAAAUACUUUGGGAGCAAUACGACUUGCUCUUGCUGAUGGUGGGACUCAAGCUGUUUAUCUCCUCACCGAUGGAAGACCUGACCAGCCUCCGAAAACCAUUAUUGCUCAGGUACAGCUCGUCUGCCUUGUCCCUAUCCAUUGCAUUUCAUUUAACUGCAAUGAUGUUGAAGCCAAUGAGUUUCUAUUUGAGCUUUCCGCGAAUACAGGUGGACGGUUCCAUUGCUAUAGCAGUGAUAUGACAGUGCCUUCUAACCCUCCGCCAUUUCAGAGUGAAGAUAUUUGCCUUUUGAAGAAAGAAAUGGAGAAGGGGAGAAAUGAUUUGGAGAAGGUAGAAAAGCUGUAUGCUGAAUGUGUAAUGCUGGACUGGUAUUACAACGGGGAAGAAACCAGUCUAAAACACGAUAUCAAUGCUGAUGAUCGAACCGGGAGUGACGAUACAUCUCAGCGACAUUCUCUAAAUGCUAAGUCACUUUUGAGACCCAAAUCAGCUGCGGAUUGGACACCAGCUACACAUCGAAACCACAGGGAUCGGUACCAUGUUUAUAGCGCAGAUAGUGGCAAGAGAUCAAAAGAACUACAAAGGAAGAAAGCUCUACAUGCUGCUCAUACCAAGUCCAGCUUACUCCGGAGUUUGAGCAAUGGUGUUAAAAUUGAUGAGAAUCUGGUGGAUGAGUGGCUGCUUCCAGAAAACAAGGAGCUGUUCGUAAAUAACCACAACAAGGAAAUGAAAGUUCUGAAAAGCCUCAGUUUGAUUGAAAGCAAACCUUUGACAAAAAAAGGAAGCAGACCAGCUAAAAACUCUCUGGAUAUUUCUUCAGCCUGCUGGCUGAAGACAAAUAGCUUACUUGCAAAGAGACUCACCAUAAUGGAUGCACUUUCACCGACGGCUGUAGCUCAAACUUCCAAAUAUGUCCCAAUCUUAGACAAGUAUAUUGUGUCCAAAGUCUUUGAUGAGAUGCUACCAUUAGCCCAUGUGAGCAACUGCAAGAAGCAGAUCACACUCAUUAAUCCAUUGGGUGUGAACCUGAAACACUACAAAAAAAGACUCCUCCACGCUAUCCAUUGCUAUGAAAAGCGUCUAAAUUUAAUUGUAUGGAGAGCAUUAUCUCAGGAGGAGCGAGAUAAGUUCAAUAGUGAUAAACCAAUCUCAUUUGGAGACCACAGAGAGGCCUUACUGCAAGCAUUGGACAGAAUGGAUUGGCCUAUUGCUCAGGAAGAUAUUACAUUAUUGGAAGAUGAAAUCCAGACUGGUUAUACAUAUAAACAACAGACCUUGGACCUCCAGAAGGCUGUUCGAGAAAAGGAGCCAGAAAACAUGCAUCAUGUUCCCAGGAACCAUAGUCCCAGUGUACAGAACGCCACAAAACAGGACAGAAGAAGAUUGGAUGCACUCAGAGGUCAGAGGGUAAUUGCAAGGUCAGAAGUUGAUGGUUUUUAUUACCCAGGAAUUGUGACUAAGUGUGUUGGUGCAAGGAAAGCCAUAAUUGACUUCAUGAAAGGAGACACCCAGAUUACAUCAACCAGAUUUUUAAUUUGUGUUGGGGGAGCUUCACCCUGUCCCUCAUUGAAAAUGGGAGACUUUGUUUUGGUUCAUAGUGAUUCAGAGGCUGGAAAUGAUUUCUAUUUACCUGGGAUUGUCAUAGCAACUCCAAACAGAGCAGCACCAGAUGACAAAUUUUAUACAGUUUUGAAAUAUAAUAAUAGAAAGGAACAUUCAUUUCGUGGUGAACUGAUUAAAAUCAGCAAGACGCAAUAUAACUCCAUCAGGCAUUACAUACAAGAGGCUCAGAUGAUAGAUCGCACAAUACCCAAUGUGCAGUUUGUAAAGCCGAUUCCUAAACAAGUAUUACAACAUGAAGAAGACUCUUCAUCUUCAGAGGAAGAACGAUGCAGGGCAAAGAAGAAGGGAGUUAAAAAGCAUCAUGGUAGACAAAGGGAUUCUACAGAUAAUGAUGAUAAUGAAUGGCAGUCGGCCUUUGGGUCAGAGUUUGAACUAAAAGGGACAAGUUCCUCAAUUGAUGAAGAUAGUUAUGAUGGUACAUUUUGCUUUCAUACAGAAUCAGGAUAAUUGGUUUCUCAAUAGGGAUGGUAAAUGUAAUCAAAUGGAUUGCAAUGUUUGUGCGAAGAUUUGUAGCUCGGAUGCUCGUUGUUGUGGU